AUGUUCCAAAUAAUGAAGAAAGAAAAGACGAAAAACGAACACCUACUUUGCUUUCUUUCAUUCUCUUUGCGUAUAAUUAUUCAUCGCCACAUUUCUCUCUCUUUCACUUCCAUUUUCCUCGCCCCUAUUUCCUUCUCAUUUCCUCUUGAACCUCUGUCGCUUCGACAAGAAAACUCUUCCCUUUCUUCUUUACGUUAUGCCUCCUCGUUUUCGCCCCUAUUUCUCUUUUCUCUCUUCCUUAUCUCCGUCUAUUUUUUAAACCUCUCCUUCUUUUUCCUCUGUUUCUUCCUUCCCGUUUUACUUUCCUUGCUGCUUUUCUUUUCCAUUCCGCUUUUUCUAUCGUCCUCUUUCUCCUUGCCUCAACCUCCUUUGCACUAUUUGUCAAUCGUAGAUCCUUCUGAUAUGUGUCUCUCAAAUCAUUCCAUGCAAGAAGUCACGCACAGUGAUGGGUUCUCUGUUCCUUUCCUGGUAUUCUUUCGUUGCAUUUUUUUCCAUUUUCGAAAUCCACAAGAUUUUCCGAAUACCCUCAUUUUUCUUCUUCUUUUUCUUCUUCUUCUUCUUCUUCUUCUUCUUCUUCUUCUCUUCCUCCCCCUUCUUCCUCUUCUAGCCUCAAUUCUCUCUCUCUCUCUCUCUCUCUCUCUCUUUCUUUCUUUCUUUCUUUCUUUCUUUCUUUGA